AUGUCUUGUUCCACCAUAGUUCCUAUUGCCACCAACGAGAUACUAUUAAAGACCGUCAACGUCAACCCUGGGCAAAUUUUCAGCUGGGCUCAGCUCUCAGCUGACUGGACUGUGUUCGUGUGGGCAGAUACAGUAGCUACCGUAAAAGAAAAAAUUCAACAACUUCAAGACACGCUCACGGCGGGCGGCUUUAAUUUAAAAAAGUGGGUUGCAAAUUCUCUGAAUCUGCUCGCAAACAUCUCAGUUCACAAUCAAGAAGUGUCCGCGAUCCUACCGGUCGGCGAUCCGGCUACGCAUUACGCGCUCGGCGUUCAGUGGAAUCGACUGAGUGACAGUUUCAUGUUCUCCGCGCCGUCGCCUCCGCAGACAGUCGCAAUCACGAAACGCUCAGUACUCUCGUUUAUCGCGCGCAUCUUUGAUCCGCUCGGAUGGCUCGCGCCGAUCAUUAUCAGUGCAAAAAUCUUUAUGCAAGAACUGUGGGCUAUUCGUCUUGAUUGGGAUUGCGAACUUCCGGACGAUCUCAAAUCUCACUGGAUCGACUUUCUCGCGCGAUUUAAAAACUUGUCGGUUAUCUCCAUUCCGCGCUGUGACACUCGCGUGACUUUUGUUAGUGCAAAGACAAAAGUGACUCCUCUCAGACGCGUAACGAUACCUCGACUCGAGUUAUCCGCUGCCGUGUUUCUCGUGAAAUUGAUUCGCAAGGUUCACGACGUGCUCGACCUGACUCGCUCAACCUCUCAUCUCUGGACCGAUUCUACUGUCGCGCUGGCCUGGAUCAAGAGCCAUUCAUCAAGAUGGAAGGAAUUCGUGCAGCAUCGGGUAUCAUUCAUACAAGAACUGUCAAACUUUCGUUGGUAUCACAUCGCUGGGAAAGAAAAUCCCGCCGACUUGGCAUCGCGAGGAAUCUCUCCGCAACGACUACAGCAGGAGCGGUUCUGGUGGUCGGGACCUCAGUGGCUCCAACGAACCUUCACUAAGUGGCCUGCCUCCACCUGCACUCUAAGUCCGAUCGCACAAGGAGAGGAACGUGCACGAAGCUAUGCCGUCGCCAUAGUUAGCCCCGAACCGGAAGCAUGGGAUCUCAUAAAAAGAUACUCUUCCCUCACCAAGCUACUCCGCAUCACCGCACGGAUUCGACGCGUCAUCGAACGUUUUCGCAAAGCUACCGAUGCACAUGCCGCUCAAGAUCCUCUCACUCCGCUCGAAUUGGAUUCUGCGCUCGCCUUCUGGAUCAAAUUGACAACACGCGUGCUUUUCUCUGGAAAUUCAACUCAUCAAAGCAAACAAACCACUGCCAAAAUCAAGUCCAUUACUCCGCCUCAUUCCGUUUAUCGAUACCGAUGA